AUGAAUACAUCAUCCUCAACUCCUCCCGUCCUCUUCCACAAGGACGUAAUGACAAACCCCGCAGCGCUCCUGCCAGCGCUCCUACCCUUUCGGCUAACAUUGUCCAUAGAGGAAUUAACGAAUCCGAGUGCAGUGGCCCGGAAUGUGGCUCGGGGUCACACAAAGAUCCCGCGGCCACAGAAUCAUUUUAUGUUAUACAAGCGCGACUAUAUCGCGAGGUUGCGGGCCCAGGGAGUAAAUUUUAAAGUCACUCGCAUAACUGAAAUUACUCGGCAGAUCAGCCAAUCGUGGAGAAAAGAAUGCGGGGCGGUCAGGCAAUUUUUUUGUAUACUCGGAAACAUCGCCAAAGAAAUUCACAAAGAAAAGUACCCAAAGUACGUAUUUCGACCAAAGAGAAUGCGCAACAGCUCAAAGGAAAAGAGUACAGAAAAAGAAGAAACAACAGCAAGCGAGGAGAAUACGACUGCUUCGAACAGCAAUGACGUGACAGUAGAAGAAGGCAACGUUUAUCUUGUAAAUAAUACCCCAAGCAUUCCGUCCUCAAUAGGGCAUGAAAGCGUUCUUCCGUUUCAAGCAAUGCAGAGCCUUGAACCAAGUGACAAUUACUCAUUAAUAGAUCCGUACUCUGAUGUGUAUGAAACCCACAUAUAUUUUAAUGUAUAA